AUGGUUGAUGGUAGCGAUCUGGCUCCAUCGCACAAGGUGCGACAAAUUCGAAUAGCUGGAGAUCUAAUGCUUGGAGGAGUUUUUCCAGUGCAUACGAAAUCGCAGAAUCCAGAUGAGCCCUGUGGGGAAAUUGCCGAAACAAGAGGAGUACAUCGAGUAGAGGCUAUGCUAUAUGCGUUAGACCAAAUAAAUGCUCAAAAAGAUUUUUUACGCGGGUAUAAAUUGGUACGAAAAGCUUUUGCGAAACAAUCUCAUAUUUCAAACCAGAAAAUAGAGCAUUUUAGGGGGCUUUGA